UUUGACAGCGGUCCCCCGGAAGUGGUGUUUGUUGUUGUUUCCCCGUGCUGAGCAGCGGGAGCAGUGAGGAGAGAAGCCGUUAGCUGAAUCCAGAUCAGGGAAUCCCAAACAGCGUUUCUUAGUUUGUUGAUCAGAGAUGGAGCGACACCGGGAACACACGGAGGAGACCAAGCUGCGGGGAGAAGCUUUACCUCCAGACGUUCUGGAAGUGAUUGUUGGUGAAGAGGAGCAGCAGGAGUGUAGCUCCAGUGUGGACCAGCAGGAGCCAGAGCCCCCCCCACACAUUAAAGAGGAACAGGAGGAACUGUGGAGCAGUCAGGAGGGAGAGCAGCUUCAAGGGCUGGAGGAGGCUGAUAUCACCAAGUUCCCAUUCACUCAGUGUGGGAAAAGAUUUGGAUUCAAGGGAAGUCUGAAUAGACACAUGAUAACUCACACAGGAGAGAAACCUUUUAGAUGCUCAGUCUGUAAGAAAUCUUUUACACAGAGUGGAGAUUUACAGUCACACAUGAGACACAUGGUAACUCACACAGGAGAGAAGCCUUUCAGCUGCUCUGAGUGUGGUAAAGCUUUCUCUGAUAGUGGAACCCUGAAGAAACACAUGAUGACUCAUUCUGGAGAAAAACCUUUCAGCUGCUCAGUUUGUAAGAAAUAUUUUACACAGAGUGGAAAUUUACAGAAACACAUGAGAAUCCACACAGGAGAAAAGCCUUUCAGCUGCUCUGAGUGUGGUAGAGCUUUCACUGAUAGUGGAAACCUGAAGAACCACAUGAUGACUCAUUCUGGAGAAAAACCUUUCAGCUGCCCAGUCUGUAAGAAAUCUUUGACACAGAGUGGAGCUUUAAAGAUGCACAUGAGAAUCCACACAGGAGAAAAGCCUUUCAGCUGCUCAGUUUGUAACAGAAGAUUUGCCCAGCGGUCUAAUUUCAAAAAACAUAAGUGUGUUGGUCCGAUGGAAACAGAAGCUGAUGGAGAGGACUGUGGAGGACCAGAACCAGCCAGGAACUCACAUCCACUUUUACAACCAGAGACUGAAGACCAGACUGGAGACUCUUCUGAACCUGAGACUGGUGACAUGGAAUAAUGUUUGUGCCUUUAAGUCCAAGCAAAAGUUCUCAAGUAUCAAACAAAAAUCUUUAUGUACCAACAUCUAGAUAGAAGACAUUAUAUUGUGUGGUAU